AAUCCAUUUUAUUGUUGUUUUUGAAUUUAACAUAUACGCUUUUACUGCUUCCCAGAAUGCCUUGGGGUUAGCCAUUUCCUCUCUUAUUUCCUGGAUACAAGACGCCAUAUCGGUUACUAUGACUGAAAUCAUGCAAGCGUUGUCUCUGGUGUUUAUUUUACUGUACAUCAAAGGUACCAGCUCCAAUGCCUUUAUGGAGAACGACACCGACAUUAGCAAUACAACCGACGUAACUGGACAAUACGAUUUCUCGGAAAUAACGGAGAGUACCACUGUUCCUUUGCCAACACCAACAGAUACUUUGCCCACUGAACGAGACACUUCGUUCCCAGACCAAACUGGGCAGAGCGAAACCACGACUGAAAAUGGGGUGACAGAUCUACCGCGGACGUCAACGACUCAAAGUGCACCCACGGACCCUCCACGUGAACCUUGGCCUCUCUUCGAUUCUUUCCCCAAUCCUGAUUAUUCUGUCUCAAGUCUGUGUCCAUGCAAUGUGCAGUAUGGGACGUGUGAGGCGAAUUGCUGCUGUGAUCCAGAUUGCACAGAGGAAGUUUCUCUCUUCAUUUCCUGUUCCAUCGAGAAAGUCAGUGUCAACCCAAAGCUCUGUAAGCAAGAUGUGGCUUCCUACUCAUUGGGAGCCACUCCUGAGGGUUAUUCCACUCUGCAGUCCUCUAUUGAUCAAGAAGUCAACGCCAAUAUACUCUGCAUACAGAAAGCUAACUAUGAUGCUGGCCUAUCUUAUGCCACUCCAGAAAUGCCCACAGAUGUCAAUUUUGACACACUCUUCCGUAAAUUUGUGGGAUUUUUCUUUGGCACUUCUGAUGGGAGCAGUGAAUCGAAUCAAAAGAAGGAAGACAUCUUGGAUGUUUACCGUUAUGGGGAUCCAAUCCAAACAGAGGAUGAGGCGGGACAGAGUGGGACCCUCCCGCUACCUGCAUCUGCUGGGACUGCUUAUUGCUUAGACGCAAACCCUGCAGCAUUCCUACAGGAUCAGACAAGCACAUGCAUGAGAAACUUGGAUAUGGUACAUGAUUGCACUACCUUAGAUGCCUUAAACUGGCAGACCUAUUCCGGUUUCCGCAUUGUUUCCGAAUUGAUCACUCGUGCCAAUCUGGUGCCAGUGGAGAUGGUGUCCAUGGUCCUGCAGUCUGUGGAGGGUGUGCAGACACCAGUGGACCCCUCGGAGACCACACCCUACACUCCUCAGCUAGUCAACCCAGCAGGGGCAGGCCUCGCAGUCUGCACUAAUGUGGUGCUUCAGGUCAAGUACGUAGUUGUAUUCAGCGAAGCAGGGGAAAUUACAAACGUGACUGUGGCAUUCGUCCUCGGCAAGGUCAAUGAAAAUAUGGUGCCAAUCCGUCAGACAUUUCAGAUUGAAUAUGUGCAGCAGUCUGUCAACAAACCAUCAUUCAAAUUCAGUGGCAACCCAGGGUACAUAGCUGGACUGCCUCUUAUUGCUGGGACCAAAACGGCAGAUGUGAUUGUGCUGGGCACUGACCCCAGGGCCGCUCUCAGCGUCAUUGGGAGCUCCAGAGAUCAGGACUGCCUGUCUGGGGGCAUGAAGCGCUCUCCUGUCCUCUUCGGGCUGGAUACCGUCUCUGGCUGUUUGCUAAGGCUGAAGGAUGCUUCCAACUGCACUGUCCUAACUGAGACGCUUAUCGCUGUCCUCAAAGGCAAGACGUUCCCAGACCACGUAGCCUCAUUUGGAAACACGCUUCCUAAGCACACGUUGGAUUGGGUGCCCAUCAAGAAUCACACCAUUACAGCAACAGGUUCCCAGGAGUGUCACAUACCGUUGUCUCUUCACCUUGAAGUGAGGUGGACCAAGUAUGGGACGUUGACAAAUCCUCAAGCAAGGAUCGUCAGCGUGACAGAAAUAAUCGCUGCCAACACGAGCAGCCUGGCCGUCUUGUCCGGUGCCAAUGGCUUUGUGCCCGUCACCACCUCCGUGGCGUUCGUGGACGUCUCUGCCCCAGCGGAGCCUGGCUACAGGGCAGCCCCCACCAUCGAUGCCAAGCUGCCCUUCGACUUCUUCUUCCCAUUCGUAUGAAUGCAGAACACAUGGGGUGCAUUCCAAUAUGCUGACUCCUGUCCUCCAUAGCUCACUUGCCUCCUUGUUGCCUCGUGAUGAUAUCACAGACAACAGAAUUGUUUUUCAUCUUGCAAAAGCUUAAUUCAAAUGUCAUUUUCUCAUUUGCAAACGGGAUGAUGAUUGACAAAUAACCCCCAAAAGUUGUUGUGGCUAGGCUGACAGCAGGGAAAGUUUUUUUUUCUCCACGGGAGGUGAGGCGUCAGCGAAACGCGAGGCCACAAGCACAGACUGAGGACGGGAGUCUGCAUAUUGGAAUUCACCCACAGCUUCACAAAGGCUCUACCAAUUGCUGUUACCCAAUGUGGUUCAGUGACAAACUUGGUUGGUUUAAUCCAGAGGUAGUGAUAAACCUGAUUUUAGAGUAUAUUUGUAUAAAGACAUGGGCAUUUUCUCCUGAUAAGUUUACUAUUACCCUUGGGUUAACAGGUUUUAGGAUACAGAGAAGGGUAUUAGAAGUGUAGUUUGUUUUUCCAACAAGCAGCAAUUCUGCAUUUGAUUCAGAGAGUUUACAGGGUGGUCUAUUGUGUUUUUGUUUUUUUUUCUUUUCCAACAAGUUCACUGAAGCUAAUACCUUCUCAUACACCUGUUCAGAAUGUAAAAGUGUACGCCUUUGUCCUGGCUGAAACAUAAUUAUUCAAGAUCACUCAGAGGAAUUGAUUAAAUCUACCUCACUAUCUUCUUAUGGACCCAGAGAGCAAAGCGUAUGUAAAGUAGGAUUACGUCAAUGUUUUAGUGCACUACAGUAUGUAUCUACAUUAGAUACAUAUAUUUUUAUUUUGUAUACAUUUGUACAUAUUUGCACAUACAUGUUUUGUAUAUAAUGCAAUAAACCUACUUGAGAAUACAA